UGAUCAAGGUUCCCAGAGGGCAGCGCGUCCUCAGCUGCUCGGCGCUGUCAUGGCGGGUUUGCUGAAGAAGACCACUGGCCUUGUGGGAUUGGCUGUAUGUGACACUCCGCAUGAGAGGCUAAGAAUAUUGUACACAAAGAUUCUUGAUGUUCUUGAGCAAAUCCCUAAAAAUGCAGCAUAUAGGAAGUACACAGAACAGAUUACCAAUGAGAAGCUGGGUAUUGUUAAAGCGGAAACAGAUGUUAAAAAAUUAGAGGAUCGACUUCAGGGUGGUGAAAUAGAAGAGGUGAUUCUUCAGGCUGAAAAUGAACUAAGUCUGGCAAGAAAAAUGAUACAAUGGAAACCAUGGGAACCUUUAGUGGAAGAGCCUCCUGCCAACCAAUGGAAAUGGCCAAUAUAAUGACAUGUGUGUUGAUGAGAAACUGAUGCAAUUAAAUGUUCUGUUAAAUUUAAAAUGUUUCCAUAUUAUUGACAUCGUAUAAUCAAGAAAUCUGAUACAGAAGAUAUUUAGAAGAUUUGUUAAUAUUGAAGAUUAUGAUAAUAAGGACACAUAAAUCAGUUUUUGACUUAUAAAGCAUACAUUGGAAAGAUAGUAUUAUUUCAUUAUUUCAAAGAUAGUAUUUCUUUAAACAGUUUAUGGGAAGAUCUGAAAGUUAAUUGGAAAAAUCCCUAUAAAUUUUCAAUGCAGAGGUCAUAUUCAAAAGAGGAAGUGUUUUAGUGGCAUCUUCAACAAAUAUAUAGGUGAUUAUUUCACAAAAAGUAGUUAAGAAACAAGAGUAAAAAGCAUCAAAGUAGAAUUCAUUAUAGCAGCCGAGAACUUGAUUUGGCAUUUAAAAGAGAUUUCUUGUUUAAAGUGGUAUUUGGGGAAACUUCCCCUUUUUUUCAUUUAAGACUUUGCUUUGUGGCCCUUAACCUAUGUUUUCUUGAUUAACUAAACUACCAUUAAAAUAAAAGUAGAAUUUCUGUGAAAGAAGACACAUUAAGUUCCUAAAGUUUGCCUGUGAUACAGAUAGACAUCAAAACAUAUUUGUAUAAUUAUAUCUUCUAAGUGGGAUCACUAGUUUUCACUAAGUUUCCAAUAUAAAUGCUGCUGGCUGUCAAAAAAAAAAACCAAAAAACAAUGUUCAGCAUGAGAAAAGAAUUGUGCUUUUCUUUUUUCUAAUAUAUUUCUCCCCCUAUAGAACUGUAAGUUAAAUGCUAAAUAAAUUGGAUUGAGUUACCUUUUAGCAGUCAGACUGCAGGAAAGCUCCUGUUGGGAAAGUGGGAAAAGCACUAGAGGGUGAGUCAAAUUUUCAUGAUUCUGACAACCAUAAUAAACUCAGUGACUAAGGUGAGGAAAGUUGUUGAGCUCAUAGAAUGGCUCACUUUCUGCUCUAGAAGAAGUAGGAUAUAUACCUUCCUUUAUAGUUCUAAACAUUUUAAUGUAUAAUACUUUGCUUUAAUGUAUAAUACUUUUAUUUAUUGAGGUCAAAAUAUAUGAUCCUAAAGCAUGUUUCCAUAAAUACUUUCAAGGUAAUUUUUUAACCAUUUUUUUCAGGUCUUUGGGCAUACUUAAAAAUGGAAAGAUGGCUUGAUAUGUCUGUCAUACUUUCAACAUCACUUCUCAUGAUUCUUGGGCAUCUCAUAUAUUUCACCAACAGAACUUCUGUGGCUAUUAGUAAAAGGGGCCCUUACUAAUGUUUGCAUUAGUGAUGCUAGUCGUAACUUAGUGGUCAUCAUAAUAAGAUAAUCAUAUCUAGUGUUAGUGUUAGCUAGGCACUGUUGUAAGUAUUUGACUAAUUUCGCUCACUAAAUUUGCCCCACAACUCUUAAGAAUGAAAUACAGCAAAUUAUCUCCAUUUUUCAGUUUAGGAACCUAGAAUGCAGUGUGAGUAGUUCUUCCCUGUAAUUAUUCGACAUGGGAACUCGGGAGAAACUGAAGCAUAAGAUGGUGUAAUAACAUACCCAAAGUCACAUAGCUAGUAAAAUUUGAACCUAGGCAAUCUUGUCCAGAGCUCAUGCAUCUAACAUGUUAUUUAUGAAAAUUCUUGGGGUGCUGUCACGGCUGCCUGUACUCUCUGGGCUGCAGCAAGAGAACCUGGAUCUUACUUUCUUGACUUUUCUAUCAAAGUACCUAUAAAUAGGUAUGAACAGAAGUAGUUAACUAUAUAGUUUUGUGUGAUUUGGAAUUUCAAACACUUUUGUUACUUAUGGUUUCAGAAAAGGAACUAUCAAUUUGUAUUGCCAGGCUCUUAACAAGCUCAUAUUUGUAUUAUAAUCCAAAUUUUAUCCAUACAGA